CGACAAUGCUUUAAAGGAUAUACAGCAGAUAUACCGAUGUCUUACAAAAGCGGUUAACGGUCUGCAUUUAAGCAUAAGUUGUUGUUUUCAGUUUGUUUAGUACUUUAACUGAACCACUAAUGGUAAGUAAGGGAUAAUACAUGAUCAUGACAUGUGGUAAGGAGAAGUUGCCUUAAUUCAUAACACAAGUACAGUAGAUAAGUUGUAAAUGAUAUGGAACAGGCUACUAUCUAGCAACUUUGCUGCUUUACCACCCUAAACAACAGUGAUCAUAUACUCAGUCUAAAAAUACAGCAGACACAUUUUAAUUUGUGUGAUUUAGAAUCAUUAAAUAUUAGCAUUAGUAGUCGUAUUAGUAGUAGUAAUAGUAGUGAUACAUUAUUAGAAAUGAAUGACACAUUUAGUGUCAUUAGGUGAGUUUAACAGUCCUAAUUGAUUUGUGUUUGUCUGAAUACUCUCAUGUGCCUUCCUUUCUAAGUUAAAGUUACUUUAUAUUGAGUAUAAAUGUGUCACUAAAGUAUCGGUGUGAAUAAGCUUAAGGGAAGGACAAUAGAAAAUGUGUGAUUAUGCAAAAUGAGUGCUCCGCCUUGUCCCCGCAGUGCAGCGGUCAUGUGUGAGUGUGGAGGGUUUCCUGUCUUGCUCUCUCUGUACGUACCUUAUGAUCUCUACAUGGCUGCUGCUGCUCCCCUCAAGGCCCAGCUCCUGCAUCUCACGCCGCCCGCGGGCUCGUCUGCCAGAGAGCGCUAGACUCCAUUGCCUUGCGCUACAGCGUCGCCAGAGCCAACAAUUCCAACUGCAGUAUAGGCACCAGGCGGCUCAACAAGCAUUCAACGCCUUCCCGACUGGAGAGGCCCUUAGAUUCGUCGACGCUGAGAUCCAUCAGCCGCCACGGACUGAUCACAGUCUCGACGUAUCAGACAACGCGUUUCUGGAGGUGUCACCGGACCCCGGAGAGAUAUUUCCUGCUGGCGAGUGUGUCGUCAAUAUGCCGCCACCCACCCCGGAGAACACCCAGGAACAACAACAGCGAGAACCGCGGAGCCCCGAAGAGGAGUGUCUAAUCGGCGAGCUGGAGCACAUGUUGUCCAGACAGCCGAGCGUGGAGCCUUCAACUUCCGAGAGCGGGGCCCCUGUGCUUCUAGCUGAGCAGUGCAUCCCGGAACAGGCGAGGCGAACCCCCGUGCGUUGUCCGGGGACUCCUCCUCCAAGGGGUCGUUCCGAUUCCGCUCGUCCAGGACUACGAGGGAGGAGGCGGUUCCGAGGAUCGAGGCUGCUCUUCAAUAGGGCCGUUGAGCACAGAUUUGAGAGCGUCGUCUGGAAUGUUAUUGAGAGGAGUCUGAUUAUGAAUGAUUUGCUCCGCACGCUGAUGUGAAAACUGUGCUGGAAUGUCACUCAUUUGAAUAUUAAACAACAAGAUGACCGAUGAAAACUCUGAUCUCAAUGAUUCACAAGCCGAAUUAGAAGAUGUGUUAACUUUGAUAUCCAAUGGCCAAAGAGGGUUUCGGUGUGUGAACAUAACCACCGAGCAUUUUGAUCAGUUGGAUGAAUUGGUCAAUGAUUUGGUGGCGAGAGUCGGAAGUGUGUCUCCGGUCUACUUCCCGAAUCGCGACUAUGACUUUCCUAGUGGGGGUGAUGAGUAUGUUUCUGAUUUUGAUCGAUUAGAACAGUCUGUAAACCGCUUCAUUGAAAGACUGCAAAAUCCCAGCCAGAGAAGUAAUGAACUCCCGUCAGAGGAGGGCGCACCCGAGUAAGGAGACAAUGACGAUGCUAUGGAAGGAGCUCCUCCGAGCAGAGACGGCAACCCGGAAGCACCCCCCGACACACGACGCCGCGCAGAGGGGAAGCAGGCUCUCCGAUGAAACCAGGAUUGUAGCCAGAAACAGUUUCAAUAACUUGAAACAAGGGAAGCAACCAUCGCCUCCGCGUGUAUGUUUGUUUUCAGAACAUGUUUUCUUAAAGAAAACACUUUCGCCAUUCCCUGUCCGUACGGCUACAAGUAUAGCUGCAAGCGCUUCUCAAACGUCUGUGUGCAGUGGUUAGAAUGGGUGAUGUUCAGAGACGGAGUGUUUAUCCAGCACGCUCUAAACGGAGGUGAACGGAGCUUUGGACGCUUGCGGGUGGACGGCUAUUGUGAGUCAGGUGGGGUGAAGGUGGCGUAUGAUUUUCUGGGCUGCUUCUACCACGGCUGCUUGGAGUGUUUCACAGGCAGCUGCGUUCACGCCUUAACGAGGAAAACUUUUAAAAGAAUGCACGUUGAGACGCAGGAGAGAUUGACAGAG